AAAAGUCUAGCCAUUUUUCUAAUGAAUUUCACUGAAGAAAUCAAAUUCAAAAUAAUUGUUUAUGAAAAAUGUUUUCUUCAAUUAUUGUGACCGUUAUUACAGCUAUAAUUGUUAUCAUUGCAAUCUACAAUUAUUAUAGAUAUUAUACAUUCUGGCAACGGCAAGGAAUAAAAGCCCACCCUGGACCAGCGUUUCGUUUGAUGAGAAAGCCAUUACAUGAAUUUUUCUUCGAAAAAGUGAAAAAAUAUGGCUAUAUUUUCGGGAUCUAUGGCAUAGGAAAUCGUGUUUUAAUAGUAAAUGACCCGAAAAUAGCUCGUGAAAUAUCGAUCAAAGAAUCGCAUAAAUUUUCCAUCCGUUGGUGGGGUUAUUUGGGCAGUACAUCAGUGAUUCAUUCAUUGUUACUAAUGCCAGCUAAUGAUGAUUGGAAACGUAUUCGAGCAAUUGUUACUCCGGCAUUUACUUCGGGUAAAUUAAAAGCUAUGAUCACUCCUAUCAACAAGAUUUUGAAAAAUUUUGUCAGAAAUUUAAAAAAACACAGUGAAAGUGGUGAAAUUUUUGAUGUGAGUAUUUACACUGGCGCAUUAACCAUGGAUGUCAUAGCUUUAUGUGCAUAUGGAAUUGAAGUUGAUUCAAUUAGUGAAUCCAAUCAUCCAUUGGUGAAACAUGCGAAACGUAUUAUGGAUUGGGAUUCUUCAUGGAGCCUAGGAAUUUGUGUGAUUAUUCCUUUUUUGGGUAGAUUCUUGAAUUUAGAGCCUAUUGAUUUUGAAUCAGCCAAAUAUUUUGAUAAUUUAACAUUCAAAAUAAUCAAAGAACGUUUGAAAACGAAAAAUCAAGGGAAAAAAGAUCUUAUUGGUUUAAUGGUGGAACAAACUCUUAAUGACCAGUCUGAAUCGAAUGGGAUUGAUACAAAUGGACGAAAAUUGAAAGGUAUAAGCCAAGAAGAAAUUGCUGGACAAGGUAUCGUCUUUUUACUUGCCGGUUAUGAUACAACAAAUGUUACCUUAUGUCAUGUAAUCUACUAUCUGGUUAAACAUCUUGAAUGGCAAGAUAAACUUUAUGAAGAAUUAAUCACACACGAUUCAGCAUUAGAUUAUGAAGCAUUGCGAAAUUUACCUAUUUUAAAUGGUAUAAUUUGCGAAACAUUAAGACUCAAGCCAGCAGUGAAUUUAGUUCCACGAGUCGCAGAUAAAGAUACCAUGUUGUUGAACACAGGUAUUAAAAUUCCUGCUAAAACAGCAAUAAUAUUUAGUCCAUAUAUCAUGCAUCGAAUUCCUGAAUAUUUUCCUGAUCCCGAAUCAUUUAAACCGGAACGUUUCAUUGGUGAAAAUUCAAUGGAAUCAUCUAUUGCUUAUAUGCCAUACGGUAUAGGUAAUCGUCUUUGUGUUGGUAUGCGUUUCGCACAGAAUGAACUUCGUGCUGCUGUUGCACAAUUAAUUCUCAACUAUCGUCUAAUACCGGACAAAGAUCUAAAACUUGAUUAUUUAAAGGGAAAUCUCAUACUAUCACCAAAACAAGUAAUGAUACGAAUCACUAAACGAAUAAAAGCCUGUCCAGGACCACAUUUUCGCUGGAUGAGAAAGCCAUUACAUGAAUAUUUCCAUGAAGAAGUAAAAAAAUAUGGCUAUAUUUUCGGGAUGUAUGGCAUAGGAAAUCGUGUAUUAGUAUUGAAUGACCCGAAAAUAGUCCGUGAAAUGUCGAUCAAAGAAUUGCACAAAUUUCCUAAUCGUUGGUGGGGGUAUUUUGGCAAAACAUCAGUGAUUUAUUCAGUGUUACUCAUGCCUGCAAAUGAUGAUUGGAAACGUAUUCGAACAAUUGUCACUCCGGCAUUUACUUCUGGUAAAUUAAAAGCGAUGAUCACUCCUAUUCAUACGAUUUUGAACAAUUUUGUUCGCAAUUUGGAAAGACAUAGUAAAAGUGGUGAAAUUUUUAAUGUAAAAAUUUACACUGGCGCAUUAACCAUGGAUAUCAUUGGUGCAUGUGCAUAUGGAAUUGAAGUAGAUUCAAUUAGUGAGUCCAAUCAUCCAUUGGUAAAACAUGCUCAACGUAUUAUGAACUGGGAUUCUUCAUGGAGCUUUGCUAUUUGCGUGGCUAUUCCAUUUUUGGGAAAAUUCUUGGAUUUAGAUCCUAUUGAUCGCGAAUCGGCCAAAUAUUUUGAUGAUUUGACAUUCAAGAUAAUCGAAGAACGUUUAAAAACAAAAAAUCAGCAAAAAAAGGAUCUUAUUGGUUUAAUGGUAGAACAAACUCUGAAUGAUCAGUCUGAAUCAAAUGGGAUUGAUAAAAAUGAACAGAAAUUAAAAGGUAUAAGCCGUGAAGAAAUAGCUGGACAAGGUAUCGUCUUUUUACUUGCUGGUUAUGAUACAACAAAUGCUACGUUAUGUCAUGUAAUUUACUACCUGGUUAAACAUCCUGAAUGGCAAGAUAAACUAUAUAACGAACUAAUCACUCACGAUUCACCUUUAAAUUAUGAAUCAUUGCGAAGUUUACCUAUUUUGAAUGGUGUAAUUUGCGAAACAUUAAGACUUAAGCCAGCAGUGAUUUUAGUUCCACGAGCUCCGGCGAAAUCUGCAACAUUGUUGAAUACAGGUAUUGAAAUUCCGGCUAAAACGUUAAUAUUAUUUAGUCCAUAUAUCAUGCAUCGAAUUCCAGAAUAUUUUCCUGAUCCCGAAUCAUUUAAACCGGAACGUUUCAUAGGUGAAAAUUCAAUGGAAUCAUCUAUUGCUUAUAUGCCAUUCGGUACUGGUAGUCGUCUUUGCGUCGGUAAUCGUUUUGCACUGAAUGAACUUCGUGCUGCUAUUGCACAAUUAAUUCUUAAUUAUCGUCUAAUACCAAACACUAAUCUAAAACUUGAAUAUUUAAAGGGGAAUUUCAUACUAUCACCAAAACAAGUAAUGAUACAAAUCGCUAAACGAAUAAUAGCACGUUCUGGACCCGAUUUUGGAUGGAUGAGAAAACCAUUACAUGAAUUUGUUCAUGAACAAGUAAAAAAAUAUGGCUAUAUUUUCGGAGUUUAUGGCAUAGGACAACGUGCAUUGAUAUUUAAUGACCCUAAAAUGGUUCGUGAAUUAUCAAUCAAAGAAUUGCAUAAAUUUCCAAUUCGUUUUGGUGGCUAUAUGGGCAAAACCUCAAUGAUUCAUUCGUUAUUUAUGAUGCCAGCUAAUGAUGAUUGGAAACGUAUUCGAACAAUUGUCAGUCCUGCAUUUACUUCAGGAAAAUUAAAAGCGAUGAUUACUCCUAUUAACACGAUUUUGAAUAAUUUUGUUCGUAAUUUGGAAAGGCAUGCUGAAAGUGGUGAAAUGUUUGAUGCGAAAAUCUAUACGAGUGCAUUGACCAUGGAUGUCAUUGCUUCAUGUGCUUAUGGAAUAGAAGUAGAUUCGAUUAGUGAAUCUAAUCAUCCAUUGGUCAAACAUGCUCAACGAAUUUUGAGCUUGGAUGUUUCAUUAAAUCAAGCUAUUUGUUUUGUUUUUCCAUUUUUGGGAAAAUUCUUGAAUUUAGACCCUUUUGAUCGAGAAUCUGCCAAAUAUUUUGAUGACUUAACAUUCAAAAUAAUUGAAGAACGUUUAAAAACCAAAAAUAAACAAAGCAAAGAUCUUAUCGGUUUAAUGGUGGAACAAACUGUGAAUGAUCAGUCUGAAUCAAAUGGGAUUGAUAAAAAUGAACAGAAAUUAAAAGGUAUAAGCCGUGAAGAAAUAGCUGGACAAGGUAUUAUUUUCUUUCUUGCUGGUUAUGAUACAACAAAUGUUACUUUAUGUCAUAUAAUCUACUAUCUGAUUAAACAUCCUGAAUGGCAAGAUAAACUGUAUGAAGAAUUGAGUAUAACCGAUUCAUCAUUAGAUUAUGAAUCAUUGCGAAAUUUACCUAUUUUGAAUGGUAUAAUUUGCGAAACAUUAAGACUCAAACCACCAUUAGUCAGUGUUCAACGAACAGCGGCCAGAGAUACAACAUUGUUGAAUACAGGUAUCAAAAUUCCGGCUGAAGUAUCGAUAAUAUUCCAUCCAUAUAUUAUGCAUCGAAUGCCUGAAUAUUUUCCUGAUCCUGAAUCCUUUAAACCGGAACGUUUUAUAGGCGAAAAUUCAAUGGAAUCAUCUAUUGCUUAUAUGCCAUUUGGUACUGGUAAUCGUCUUUGUGUUGGGAUGCGUUUUGCACAGAAUGAACUUCGUGCUGCUGUUGCACAAUUAAUUCUUCAUUAUCGUCUAAUACCUGAUCAUGAUCUAAAACUUGAUUAUUUCAAGGGCAAUGUUAUACUAUCACCAAAACAAGUAAUGAUACGAAUUGCUAAACGUUGAACAUAAUGAUUAACACUUUUCUGGAUGCUAUAAAUCGGCAAAAUCACCAA